GCCCAUUAAAGGCUAGGAACGACUUCAGACUUCUUUCAGCGGAAGAUAAAAAGCCUGAAAGCAGAGCUCGGACCAAUCGGUCUCCAGAAGAUGGUCCUCACCUACAUUUCCGGAGUGUUUAUCAACUGACAGAUCGAUCACUGUCUCAGACGCAUCACUCCCUGUGGUAGUUUUGGACCCUGUUUCUGGAAAAGCGUGUGCAGAAGUAAAGAUGGAGGCCAGAGAGAAGCGCUUUCCUAAACAAAGGCAAGUCCUGAUUCUCUUUUUUUUACUGGGAGCAGCUAAGGCAGGCUGGGAACCCCUUCGCUAUUCUGUGAUGGAGGAAACAGAGAGAGGCUCUUUUGUCGCCAAUCUGGCCAAAGACAUAGGGUUGGAAGUAGGAGAGCUAUCUGCACGGGAAGCCCGGGUAGUCUCUGAGGAUAACCAACCACGCUUGCAGCUUGAUCUGCAGAGCGGGGAGUUAACAUUAAAUGAGAAACUGGACCGGGAAGAGCUGUGCGGCCCCACUGAGCCCUGUGUAAUGCAUUUCCAAGUGUUACUGAAAAAUCCUUUGAAAGUAUUUCGAGCUGAGCUACUGGUAAGAGACAUAAAUGAUCACUCUCCUGAGUUUGCUGAAAGAGAAAUGAUUCUGAAAAUCCUAGAGAACAGCUCUCCUGGAACUGUGUUUUCCCUGAAAAAAGCUCAGGACUUGGACGUGGGUGACAACGACGUUCAAAACUACAAUAUUGGUCUCAACUCUUAUUUCCAUGUUUCCACUCGCACCCGGGGAGAUGGCACAAAAUACCCAGAGCUGGUGCUAGACAAAGAACUGGAUCGUGAGGAGGUGGCAGAGAUCAGAUUAACCCUGACAGCUCUGGAUGGUGGCUCUCCACAGCGAUCUGGGACUUCACAGAUCCGAAUCUUGGUCUUGGACGUCAAUGACAAUGCCCCAGAGUUUGCACAGACUCUCUACAAGGCGCAGGUCCCAGAAAAUAGCCCAGUAGGCUCCCUAGUUGUCAGGGUCUCCGCUAGGGAUUUAGACGCAGGGACAAAUGGACAAAUUUCAUACUCACUUUUUUAUAGUUCUCAGGAGAUAAGCAAAACUUUUGAACUAAGCAGCCUUACCGGAGAAAUUCGACUAGUUAAAAAACUAGAUUUUGAGACAAUAUCUUCAUAUGAGCUAGAUAUAGAAGCAUCUGAUGGUGGGGGACUUAAUGGAAAAUGCUCCGUCUCUAUCAAGGUGCUGGAUGUUAAUGAUAACGCCCCAGAAUUAACAAUUUCAUCACUUACCAGCCCAAUUCCUGAAAAUUCUCCUGAGACAGAAGUGGCUCUGUUUAGGAUUCGAGACCGAGACUCUGGGGAAAAUGGAAAAACGGUUUGCUCAAUUCAGGAAAAUGUUCCAUUUAUGCUGCAACCGUCAGUUGAGAAUUUCUACAGGUUGGUAACAGAAGGAGGACUGGACAGAGAAAGCCAAGCUGAGUACAACAUCACUGUCACGGUCACUGACUUAGGGACACCCAGGCUGCAAACCCAGCAAAACAUAACAGUGCUGGUCUCUGACAUCAAUGACAACGUCCCCGCCUUCACCCAAACCUCCUACACUCUGUUCGUCCGCGAAAACAACAGCCCCGCCCUGCACAUAGGCACCAUCAGCGCCACAGACAGAGACUCAGGCACCAACGCCCAGGUCACCUACUCCCUGCUGUCACCUCAGGACCCGCACCUGCCCCUCGCCUCCCUGGUCUCCAUCAACGCCGACAACGGACACCUGUACGCCCUGAGGGCGCUGGACUUCGAGGCCCUGCAGGCGUUCGAGUUCCGCGUGGGCGCCACAGACCGAGGCUCCCCCGCGCUGAGCAGCGAGGCGCUGGUGCGCGUGGUGGUGGUGGACGCCAACGACAACUCGCCCUUCGUGCUGUACCCGCUGCAGAACGGCUCUGCGCCCUGCACCGAGCUGGUGCCCAGGGCGGCCGAGGCCGGCUACUUGGUGACCAAGGUGGUGGCAGUGGACGGCGACUCGGGCCAGAACGCCUGGCUGUCGUACCAGCUGCUCAAGGCCACGGAGCCCGGGCUGUUCAGCGUGUGGGCGCACAAUGGCGAGGUGCGCACCGCCAGGCUGCUGAGCGAGCGCGACGCGGCCAAGCACAGGUUGCUGGUGCUGGUGAAGGACAAUGGCGAGCCUCCGCUGUCCGCCAGCGUCACGCUGCACGUGCUGCUGGUGGACGGCUUCUCCCAGCCCUACCUGCCGCUCCCGGAGGCGGCGGCGGAGCAGGCCCAGGCCGACUCGCUCACCGUCUACCUGGUCAUCGCCUUGGCCUCGGUGUCCUCGCUCUUCCUGUUCUCGGUGCUGCUGUUCGUGGCGGUGAGGCUGUGCAGGAGGGACAGGGCGGCGUCUACGGGUGGCUGCUCGGUGCCUGAGGGCCACUUUCUAGGCCACCUGGUGGACGUCAGCGGCACCGGAACCUUGUCUCAUAGUUACCAGUAUGAGGUGUGUCUGACUGGUGACUCUGAGAGCAAUGAAUUCAAAUUUUUGAAGCCUAUCCUCCCCAGUGUACUGGGCCAGGAUUCUAGGAGGAAACCAGAAUUUCCAGAAUAAUUUCUGUAUCUGAAACUUCCUUACUGGCUAUAGCAGUUUUGUCUUCCUUUUCGUUUUCUUUAACUCUGUAUUGGUGUUUAAUUACUUUUGUUAUUCUUUUUUUCCUUAUUGUGUGUAUAGUACUGUUACUCUUCAUUGUUGUUGUUGGACUGGUUGUUAUAGAAUUGGUUUUCUAAUUAUUGUAUUAUUAGUAAAUAGUUUAUGUCAGGAAAUUUUAUAUUUCUGAUUAAAUUUUUAGUACUCA